GCUCAUGGGAGUCCGACCUUGAAUAGAUAUGACUGAGGCGUUUGACACAUCACCUUGUCCACACAUCUCGACCUCUUCUCUCAGGGAUGACGGUAGCUGUUCGUUAUACAAGAAAAAUGGUCGUCAUCUCAGCGCUAACCUUGAAGUACUGGUAACUUGGGGUAACUAACCCAGUUGGAAUGUCAUACCUAUGGAUCCUCAAGAUGAUAACGCAUCUGAUAAGUACAGAUAAUCAUUAACAGUCAGCACCGUGACCCUGCAUCACUUAGGACUGUUGCCACUUGCCAGUCGAGAUCAAGAUAGCCGGAGGGAACACUUGUUGCAGCAGCACCACUCGCACCACCGUAGGAAAAUGAAGGGAAAGGUACAGACAGUGUGUGGCCUGGUGGAGCCAUCUUCUUUGGGCAGAACCCAUACCCACGAACACCUUUUCAUGGAAUUUGAAGAUAUUUUUGUAGCAGCAAAGCCAGAUGAGAAAUCUUUUGAAACCUGUGACUUUACCCUGCCCAACCUUGGCUGGAUCAGGCAGAAUCCGUACAGUAACAAAAAAAAUCUGCAUCUCAAUACACAAGAAGUCAAGGCAGCUGUGAUGAAGGAGAUGGAACAGUACAAGAAAUGUGGUGGUGGCACAAUAGUGGAGAACACCACCUUUGGAAUUCAAAGGAAUGUCAAAUUUUUGCGUGAUGUCUCCCUCACGUCUGGAGUCAACAUUGUUGCGGGAGCAGGAUAUUACUUAACGGCAACUCAGAAGAAGCACACUUUGGGAUUAUCUGUAGAAGAAAUGUCCAAAUCCAUAACACGUGACCUUACCAUUGGAUGUGAAGAGGCUCCAGAUGUUAAAUGUGGCAUAAUUGGGGAAAUUGGGUGUUCAUGGCCACUGUAUGAUUUUGAACGCAAAUCCAUACAAGCAUCUGGAGAAACACAAGAAAGCCUUGGCUGCCCAGUGAUGUUCCAUCCUGGCCGCCACCCUGAUGCUCCUGAGGAAAUUUUCCGUAUCUAUACAGAAGCAGGAGGAGACAUCAAGAAAAUGGUGAUGGGACAUCUAGACAGAACCAUCCUUGACUUGACAGCUCUUGUAGAAUUUGCAUCUCUUGGAACUUACUGUGAGUAUGACUUAUUUGGCAUAGAAACUUCCCAUUACCAACUUGAAACAUCUGUUGACAUGCCCUCUGAUGCUCAGCGUGUUCAGCGCAUCAAGCAUUUGGUGGAUAAUGGAUUUGAAGACAAGAUUCUUAUUGCUCAUGAUAUCCACACUCUUCAUCGCUUGGAAGCUUAUGGAGGGCAUGGUUUUUGUCACAUCCUCAAGAACAUUGUUCCAAAAAUGUUGGAUCGAGGUUUGACUCAGGAAGUUGUGGAUAAAUUCUUGAUUUCCAAUCCCAGCUCCUGGCUGAGCUUUUCAAAAUAAUGUAUGAAUAAUUGUUGUUGUUAUCAUGGAAGAUUCAGCAUUACAGGUUGAGAAUCCCACAUUGAGAAUAUUGUAAUGGAAGUGCUCUACUGUAUUUUGAUUUUUAUGGAUUUUGGAAUACAUUGAUUUUUCUACUAAUGAAAAAAAAUUGUCUUAUUAAGUUUGAAAUACUAUACACAUUGUAAAUGAAAGAUAUCACUAAACAUCAUUAUAAUGUUAUUGUAAUAACAUUUUAAUGAAAGAAGGAGCUGCUCCCAUCACAGACAGUGGUUUGGAUCUGUGGAGAGAAGAUGAGGACUGCAAGGAAAUAAUAACUGCAACCAAGUUCUUUAUUUAGAAACAGAAAAGGGAAACACUGAGAUGAGUAUAUACAAUCUCCCAUAUGUGCCCAACCACACACAUACAAGAACAAUUUCUUAAAUACAGUAUCACUUUUGCUUACAGAAUACACAGCCAAUCACUGACCCACCUACCACCUACCACUCGCUUCAAAAAUUGUGUUUUGCUGGCAGGCUUGAGAGACACCCUGUAACCAUAAGACACUGAUAAAGUUCCCAACACACAUGCACACUCUUUCUUUGGACAUUAGCAUACCCCACAGGGUCUUUAGAGACUUCACUUCUUACAGUCUUUAAAUGGCUUUAGAAACUCAUUUGUGUCCCUUGUUUAGAGUGCAGGCAGCAUAACUCUCCCUCCUGUCUGAAUCUACUACAUCUUUCUUUCACUGAUGCCACAACCCACACACCCAUGCAUGCACAAACAUACAUCACAUCCAGUUGUGAUUUAAUAACAGUAUUACCUGUUAUUGACACAAAAAUGUAGAGAAAUCAUUGAUUAUGUCAGUAUUAAAAAAAAUUCCAGAUUACAUUGGUUUAUGGGAUUCUGUGUAAAGAAUUCUCAAUUUGUAAUGCUGCAUCUCAUAAUAUGGAAAAUGUUGGGUGCAUAAUAGUGUUAAAUAUUAAUAGUAUCAUUUGAAUUGUUUCCAUAGAUAUAUAUUUCUUUUAUUAGUAUUUCCAAUAUUGAAAUAUAGUAACAUAUUUUUAAAAACUAAUUAUAUUUUAGAUGGACUCACUUGAUUUCCAUGGAUACUUCAUUUAUGUGCACAGCCUUACUAACAGAUAAAACUUGUAAUGACUGUUUAAUGCAUUGUCUGGUGAAUCCGUUGGUGCUUAUACUCCUCUUUCUCUCCACCAUUAUUGGCAAAGGGAGGAGGAUCAUCCAGAUUCUUUUGGUGCUUUUAUGUCAGGGGCAGCUGAUCAUUCUGUACUUUAUUUCUCUUGUGUGUACUACACUCCCUGACCCUAAAUAAAGAAUGUGUCAGUACAAGGUGUGGUCAUCAUUUACUAGACUAUUAU